AUGAAGAACAUCAUGUUCAUUCAUGCAUUGUUAGUAUGGGGUAGCGGUAUGGCUAUGGCUAGUCAGCAGCUACGGCGGGGCAAGCAGUAUUUGAAGAAUCAGAAGAUGCAACAAUUUCUCCGUUAUGUGGCGACAGAACAAGAAGCUGACGAUUUAUUAUGGGAGGACAUCGAACUACAAGCGGCAGCAAUGAGUAUGCCAACUGUUGCACCCACAACGCGACCUCCAACUUUUAGACCAACACGGCCACCCACUAGACCACCAUCACUGCCUGCCACCAACCCGCCAACGUCACUCCCUGCCACCAACCCGCCAACACCAUUUCAAACAACAACGCGCUUGCCAAAUUUGGAGCUGAUACCCAAUGAUCAAUUCAACGAGUUUGGUUUAUCGGAAUGUCAAGGAGAUUGUGACAACGACGAAGACUGUAACUUUGGAUUGAUCUGUCUGCAACGUAACUUGGGCAACAAAGAUGUUCCAGGAUGUUUUGGAGACCCAGAUUCGAUUGGCAAUGGCUCGCUAGACUUUUGCAUCCAACCUCAAGAUAUCACCACGUUAGUUAUUGUAGGUGACGAAGGUUUUCCAACGUCUGUGUUCCCUCUCGAUCAAUGUCAUGGAGAUUGCGACUCUGAUACAGAUUGUGCUCAAGGACUCACAUGUUUCCAACGAACCCGAGAUGAAGCCGUCCCAGGGUGCACUGGAAAUGGAGCAACGGGCCUCGACUACUGCCACAAUCCAACACUUUCUUCAAGAUCUGGUGAUGAUUCCCCUGUCGUUGGGACUACUAAUGGCACGCUUCCAAUACUGGAUUUCAUUGGUGAUCGAGAGAUGGAACUAUAUUCGUUACAAGAGUGCCAAGGUGACUGCGAUUUUGACUCUGAUUGCGAACUUGGUCUAGUUUGUUUCUUUCGAAGCUUUGGAGACGGGGGGCAUGUGCCUGGAUGUUCUGGCAAUGCCGAUGGUAUUGCAUCGAGGAAUGAAGAUUUCUGCAUCAAACCUCCGACAGAGAACUACUUGGUGAUCUUGGGGGACGAUGAUCACUCAGAGGCCUAUCCAUUGCCCGCUUGUGCUGGAGAUUGCGACGAGGAUGUCGACUGUAGAGAUAAUCUGGUCUGCGUUGUUCGAAGGAACACGACUCAGAUUCCAGGUUGUGAAGGGAUAGGAGAAAAAGGUUACGACUAUUGUGGUGAAGCAUCACAGUAA